CGAGAAGUUCCCAAUUUGAAUUCUCGCGAGGGACUGCCGAGCGUCCCUUGCCCAGAUUCGCAGGAUUCGGAGGCUCGAACGAUCCUCAGGGCAUUCUCGCCGAAUUCAUGCGUGGCAGCGUCAGUGAUGAUGAGGAUCUCUUCGCUCACUUCUCGCGCGGAAGUGAAGCGCGGAAGGAUGAUUCUGCUUUCUGUUCCCCUCCUCCACUGCCCGAACCGAAAAUCGUAGAGAGGCCCUUGCCGCUGUGAUUGGAGGAAAUGUUCAACGGCACCACGAAGAAUUCAAAAGUUCGACGCAAGACGUACGAUCGGCGGACAGGGAAAGAAGAUAUCGAGGACACCAUUCUUGCUGUACCCAUCAAGCGCGGCCUUAGGCCUGGUAGCAAGAUCAAAUACCCAGACAUGGGCGAUGAUGAUGACUAUGACGGUUCCUCAGACCUGCACUUCAUCAUCAAAGAUAAACCCCAUCCCUUGUUUGUUCGCAAUGGCAAUCACCUCGAGCAUACAAUAGCCAUCAACUCUGCAGAGGCGAAAUUAGGUUGGGGUCGAAUAAUAACCACGAUUGAUGGCAAGCAUCUUCAGGUCACUAAAUCAGGCCGGACGGAUGAGGACUGGACAGAUCGUUACCCAGGCCUAGGUAUGCCGUUCUCCAAAAAGCCUGAGACCCGAGGUGACUUGAUCAUCAAGGUCAAAUUGCCACGAAAGCCCGGCCAUAGAUUCAAGUUUUGAGCAUCUGAAAAUACCCCGAAUCCACUAAGAGAAAGAUUCAUAAGUCUUUCGAGUCAAUACGAUCAAAUUACGCAAGGCUUACAUUAUCUCGACUGGGUCCAGACUUACACAGAACACU